UUGGUGACCCGAACAAAAGACGAACACGUGCAAAUCUCAGGAGCUUGGACCGAGCAGCUACAAUCCGCUAGCAUCGAAGAACAUCGCACACGGAUUGUACGGAAGUGGACAGCUACAGCAUCGAGGGGACAGAUUUAAAGUGAGGAUACAAUUUUAUCCAGCAAAAUACUUGAUUUUGUGGAUUAUUCGACCACGUGUCUCGCUAACCCUAACGCUCGAAGCAUAAAGGCACACGGAUCGUCGCAACAAAAGUUUCUUUUCGCAAUUGUAAGUACGAACUUUUUUUUGGUUUUCUCGAGCGGUACCCCCAAGAAGAAAUGGAACCCUCGCAAUCAGGGACAAUCGCCAAAGUUUCUGUUAAACCACCUCCCUUUUGGAGAGCGAACCCAGAAAUUUGGUUCAAACAAAUGGAAUCACAAUUCUCACUAGCGGGAAUCACCAUGGAAGUAACGAAAUUCCAUCAUGUGGUUUCGGCACUCCAGCCCGAGGAGUUAGCAGUCGUAGCCGAUAUUAUUCUAAACCCCCCAGUGGACAAGCCGUACGAGGCUCUUAAAGCCCGUCUGUGCCGACAAUAUGCCGACAGUGAGGCGCAAAGGCUUAAGGACUUAAUUUCGGGAAUGCAGCUUGGGGACAAGAAGCCAUCCAGACUGCUGUUAGAAAUGCGUAGCAAGGCAUCAGCGCACAUAGGUGACGACCUGCUAAAGUCGCUGUUCUUACAACGGUUACCAUCUAACGUCCAGCAGAUCCUAGCCAUCUCAAACGACAGCCUCGACAAACUGGCAGAGAUGGCGGACGGUAUAAUAGCUGCAGCCGAUAGCCCUGUUUCCGUACAAGCAGUCACUCAGGGAGACCAAACACUACAGACGUUACUUUUAGAUAUCUCCUCCCGCCUGGAACGACUGGAAGGUAGGGAUAGAUCCCAAUCUAGAUAGAGAUCCACGAACCGCCGGAGACGAUCAAAGA